AUGGGCAGAUGCGCACGGGAGGCAUUCCACCUCCAGCCGCUUCUGAGCGAGCUGGCCCAGAGGGGCCGCUCUCCUUCAACCACUCCCCUCGCCCCGAAGGAGACGAGGGGCUUCAACCUCAGGCCCCUAAACGCGCGCUCGCUCGCACUCGGGACCACCGGAUCCAACACCCGCCCCGCUCACCGCGGCGGGGGAGGAGGAGAAAACCCCACGCAGGAAGUGUGCCCCGCGCUCCGCUCCCCGCCCCCCCCCGCGCCAGGACCUUGCGCCCCGCCAGUCGGUACCUGUCCUCCGCCCCCAACAGGCGAGAAGCUGCCGCGUCCACAUGGCUUCAGGUGUUCACAUGGCAAUAAACGGGCCCCCGUCCCUCCCGCGGCAGGGCGCGCUCCGACUCCGGGCGGCCAGCGCCGCUCCCGCCCCAAGCCCAGCCUUCGCCCCGCCGCGGGACGCCGGGGGCUGCCAGGGGUCCCGGGGUGGGCGGCGCUGACCUCGCGGACCCCUGGGCGCCGCCCGCUCACACCCGCCGCCUUUGCACCCGAGGCCGCGACAAGCAGGUACCUUCCCCCGACAGUCACUGAUUCCGCUACCAUCUGUCAGCACGGAUUGAUUGAGGAGCGGCCUGCUCGGCAGAUCAGUGACUUGUGCGAAGUGAGCCGGGGUGUCAGUGCCUUCAGCGGCAGGCGGAUGGCCUUUCUCUCCCUCUCUGGCUCUCAGGAGCACGUGCACAGCCCUCACCUUUAUCCUUCACCAGGUCCCAGCUCCCCUCCCUCUCUGGAGUUGCCUCCUUCUAACUCUAACACACCAAGAGGGAGGCCUGGAAUGCCUGCUCGCCAUCCUCCAGGAGACCACUUACAAAAGCCUCGGGUUAACAGAGUGAGGAACCCCCACCACAGCCUCCUGUGAGGCCUGUCCCAGGCCAGGCACGAACAGCAGGGGUGGCCAGAUCCUUUGUGGACAUGCCUUCCUUCCACACAGAGCACCUAGCUGUGUGCUAGGCCGUGAGUCCUGACGGAGGGAGCACAGGGGCUCACAAGAAGUCCUUCUGGGGCAACAGUAGGGCAGGCUCUAAGGGUAAGGGAAUAGGGAAGGCUCUCGAGGGAGUCAGGGAUAUCA